AUGUCACAAGAGCAACAAGAGCAGCAAACUUUUGCUAAUGACACAGAAUCAGGAGACCAUGUCUUUCACAACCGAAAAACUGAAGUGUACACCACAAAGCUACGCCGUAAUGAUUCUGACUCGCCAUUCCUCUCAUCUCAAGUGGCCCCUUCAAAUGGUAAGCGAACGGGAAUUAAUUUGGGAUUGAAUGUGUUCGAAAGUGAAGUUCCUCAAAAGAAACUGGACUUGAACACUGUGACGCCUUCCAAAUCGGAAGUAAACCCACCAGACCCUUACGGAACAAAGCCAUCGGAAGAUAGUCAUAGCCCCUGUUCCAUUCAUCAUAAACAGCUUACCUCAGAAACAAAACAGGAGGAGCUGUCCCACUUCCACGGCCUUUCAGACGAACUGAGGCUUCUUGCUUCCAAAGAAAUGGAGAUUCUAGAGAUCAAGCAGCAGAUCAAGAACUUGAUAACUCGUAAAAGAACGCUUGAGUUUGAAACACAGGAUUUGAAGAUUGUUAUUGAGAAACAAUUGGUGGGUCAAAUCACUUCUUCACAAAAAUCAAGUUCACGGAAUAAAGGACUCUUUGAAAAGCAUACGCCCAAAUCUCCAAGUAGUAUGCAAAAACACCGUAUGAAAUCAGUUGACGUGUCAGAUGACCCGCUCCUUGAAGGUGAACUCAGUGAACCACGCCUGGAAUCUACUACAAGUGUGGACGAAGAGGAUUCCAAAUCUUGGUUUUCAAAGCCUUUGAAUUUAAUUCAACAGAUAGAUUCGUUGAUCUACCAAGAAAUCGAGAAGCUGCACAUAACACCAUUUGCAGGUGUGAAUUCGAUAGAGGAGGAGACACACGUUGGAGCGAGCCUUGACGUGAAAAAUAACGAUUUAGAUGCCCCACUACAAGAUCAAGGGGCGCAAAGUUACAAUCUUUUGGGAACACCCAUAAAAUCUACUCGAACUCGCCCAGAACUGGACUCCAAUAACACAAAGGAUGUUAUGCAAUCGGUUUCUAACAAAUUAUGGAAUUUUGUUAAUGAUGUGAAACAAAACUUGGCAGUCGAUGAAAUAUCAACCUCAUCUAGCCCCCUUUCAUCCCCAGGAAAAGCGAGAACGCCGUCAUUCUCAAACAGACAGUCAUACGGAUUGCAUGCAAAACAAAGGAAAAGGAGCAUGACAAAUCCGUCCGUUAGUCCCCAAUCACAAGUGUUGGAAUCAGAAGGUGAAAACUCUCCUGUGAGGCUUCAGAAAUACAAAACGACAAGGGAAGUUGAGCUUUCGAAUUUGAAGGAAAAAGGCCCCAAGCGCGUUGAUACCUCAAAUAUGAGUCCUUAA